GGGCGCGCUGAAGCGGAAGAAUUUGUAAUGUAUUUCGGCUAUUGGAGGGGCUGCAAAGAUAAGCUAAGGUCACCUGGUUGGACUACGACUCCCAUCGUCCUCGGCCAUCAAUGGCUGAAGAUCUUCGGGUGUCAUGCCCGUCCUGGCCUUACACAGACUCCCCCGGGAAAGAAAGAGGGUGAAUGAACCCUCUGGAUCUUUUGUCCUGCCAAAGCUGGAGGAGGAGGAGGUAGCAGUGACCUCUGAGGUGGUGACUGAAUAUUUGGCACAGAAGGAGUGGGCUACGCUGAAACACUGACCAAAGGGUGCUGCACAAGGACGUUAUGCAGGAGGAUUCUGGGAAUGUGGCCUCUCUGGCAGGAUGGGAGAGCGGGAUCAAGGAAGAACCACGCUGGGAGACUGCGGAAGGAAUCAGAUGGCCAGAGGGGGAAGAGAAGGAAUGGAAAAUUGAAGUCAAAGACGAGGAGGAGAAUAUAUCCUUGGUUUUUCAGGGAGGAGACUUCCAUGAAAUCCCGAAUCAGGACAAAGAGAAAGAAAGGAGCGAGGACAAUCGGCAUGGCAGAAGCUUUUGUUCUGAAGUACAUCCUAACGAACACAGAGCCCACAUAGGGGGGGAACAGCACAAAGCUUCCGAGAGUGGAAACUGCCUCUUCUCCUCCACCACGAGCUUUUCUGCAGUGGAAGUGAUGGCAACUGUUAAUCCAUCUGCUGCUGAUCUAUCGACUGCAGUCCCAGAGGGGAACCCGGUAUCCGCUCUAGGGCGCAAGCGGGCCAGCGUGGUGUGGAACCAUUUCCAGGUGGUGAUGGAAGAUCCUUGCUUUGCUUCCUGCAACAUCUGCAAGUUGAAGGUCAGCCGGGGGAAGGAGAAGGGGCACCUGAACACUUCGGGGAUGAUGUAUCACCUGCAGAAACAUCACCCCCUUGCCCUAGAAGCUACUUUCCGGGUCUUGGGGCAGACCUCCUCCUCCGCCCUCAACCCCCCUGCCCCCAAGAAGAAGAAGAAGAAGCAGCAGCCAGCACCACUGGACCAGUGGGGCAAAGGGUUGGGCGUCCCGAAGCCAGCAGAGAUAACACAGCGGAUCGGGGAGAUGCUGGCUUUGGACAACCAGCCCUUUGCCCUGGUGGAGCGAGCCGGGUUCAGGCGCCUGCUAAACCUGGUGGCUCCGCAGUACCAAAUCCCUUCGCGGGCCACGUUCAGCCGCCAUGUGGUGCCUUCUCUGUACUGGGCAUGCAGGGAGAAGGUGGAGGUGCAGCUGCGGGAGGCAGAGCCACAGACGGUCCUUCACUUCACCUCAGACUUGUGGACAAGCCGGAGCGGAGAGCACACGUUUUUCUCCCUCACCGCUCACUGGUGGGGGAGUGACAGGACGUCUGCUGCAGCGGCUGCUUCUGGUGCGGGGACUCAGAGGGAUGGGUAUAGGUGGGUUCUCCUUCAUGCAGAGGUCUUUGACAGUGCCCACUCCGCAGCCAACCUGGAGUGGACCAUGAACCGCAUGGUGGAUGCAUGGUUCCGUGGGCACUCGCAUCUGACCAGCGGCUUCAUGGUCACCUACAAGGGAGCCAAUAUCAUGAAGGCGGUGCGCGAUGCGGGGUUCGUGGGCGUCCAGUGUGCAGCUCACGCGCUGAACCUUGUGGUGCCCAACGCCCUCGGGUUCAAGCCUUCGGCCGCCACCGCCCCUGCCAGUGCCGCCCGCGAGCUCAUCGAGAGCUGCUGGAAGAUUGCCGCUCACUUCCACAGGAGCAUCAAGGGGAGCAAGCUGCUGCGUGAGAAGCAGGUGGAGGUGGGUGUGAAGCAGCAGCCCCUGGUUCAGGACAUGGGGACUCGGUGGACUUCCACCUACCUGAUGCUGCAGCGCCUGUCCGAGCAGCAGAGGGCUGUGCAUGAAGUGUCCAGCGUUGGGGAGAUCGGUAUAGGCAGAAUGCUCAGUGAGCAAGAGUGGGAUACCAUCUCCCAACUGGUGGUAGUCCUCAAGCCGUUCCUUGAGGCCACUGAGAUCCUGAGUCACAGAAAAGCUCACCUGAGCCAGGUGAUCCCCAUCUUCAGGCACCUGCAGAGGCAGAUGUCGGAGUUCCUGGAGGAUGGGAUUUCUGGGGGCACUGCACCGCUUCUAUCAGAGGUUAGGCAGGUGGUCAUCCUCUUGAAGGAAGGGGUCAGAGCGAGGUUGGAGCCCCUCCUGGAGGAAACGGCAUACAUGGUGGCGUGCCUCUGUGACCCCCGGGUGAAGGGCAGUGUCUGCGCCUCCAGUGAUGUGCUGGCAAAAUGGACAGAUGUGCUAGUCAACAAAGUGCGGGAGAUGGAGAGGCAGAGAAGGGGGUCUGCUAAGGAGGAAGAGCUGGCCACUGCUCCAGGCAGCAGCAGGUCUUCGGAGUCUCCGACUGUGGUAACACGAGCAGCAGCCAGGUCCAUGUGGGGGGCUGCUCUGGGGGCCCUGCCGAGGCGCAGGCAGGCGGAGGGGAUGUCGGACAGCGCAGAGGUGGCUGUUGGGCGCUACCUCAUGGAAGCAGUGGAGGAGGCCAACUGUGACCCCUGGAUUUACUGGGCAGCCCGGAGCCAGAUGUGGCAGGAUCUGGCCAAGGUUGCCCGGCAACACCUUUCCUGCCCACCAACCAGUGUUCCCAGCGAGAGGGUGUUCAGUAUGGUGGGCGAUAUUGUAGCGCCCCAUCGCAGCUGCCUGGAUGCUGGUUUGGUGGAACAGCUGGUGUUCCUCAAGGUCAACCUUCCAGAGCUGGGAUACCCCAAGCUGCCCAUUGAGUGAGUGUCUCCCUCACAGAGCCUUUCCCACCUCUUCUGGUUUUUGUUUGUUUAAAUGCAAACCAUUUUGAAAGUAGCUACUAUUGCGGACAAACUAGGAGUCGCUAACAGUAGAUAAAAGGUGUGUAUGUGUUCUCUGUGUUAGGGAUGUGCACGAAGAUUCUUCGGCACUGGCGGGGAUAGUACUUUAAUUUCCCCCAC